CGAGUAACAACUUUGAUACAGGUUAGUCGUGGGGCGGAGAUUUUUCGAUUUUUUUUAUUCGUGGUGAAUUCGCGCCGAUGAUCGAAACAUAACAGAAAACACCGAGAUCAUCAACAUAUAUUAGCAGCGAGGAGACGGUGUCUUAUUUCUUUUUAUUAUUUUCUGUGUUGUUCGUUAUAUGUGCAAAGAAAAACAAGUUUUGUUAAAUAGUUUGUUGUUGUUAAAUGUUUAAAAUACCAAUACAAAAGAGUGUGAGUGGUAGUGUAAAUAAGAAAUUUAUUGAAAAAUCUACCUACUACCUAUAUAAUAAUCAAAUCAAUUAAAAAAUAUAAAUUGGAAGAGAAAAAAAAUCGCACAACUAAAGUUAAUUUUUUUGUUUAGCUGGCUUAAUGAAAGUUUGAAUAAAAAAAAAAAAAAGAGUGGUUUUGUUGGUGAUGUCAAAAUUUCCACCUCAGCCAAUUUGGGGCUUUUGUGCAAAAGGCCGUGUUUGUUGUUGUUUUAUAUCGUAAGGCGGUGCGACGAAGGCGGCGUUGUUUUCCAAGUGUUAUUUUAGUAGCCAUCAUGUUUGGCUGAAUAGCUUGCUAGCUGACUGACUGACUGGCCGCAUUGAAAGUGAUACGAUUUUUUGCAAUAAACAAAAAAAAAUAAUAUAUAAUACCCACAAUAAUAAUAAUACAAAAAUAGCAAUAACGACAACGGGUAGCAGGCAGCAUUUAUUUCCGCGAAACAAACAAAUAACACAAAAGUUGUUGCGAAUAAAUUGAACUAAAAAAUUGCAAAACCUAAUUUUCCAUUCAACCAAACAGAAAAUAAAACAUUAGCAUAUUUAAUACGGAACUAAGGCCCCCUAUUACGCUUUCAGUUCAUUGAUAAACCGGUAAAGAAAUAGGUAUAGUAAACGCGUUUUUGUUUGAAAUGCCAAUCAAGAGUACCACUACAUAAAUACCUUUAUAUAAAUUGGGCUAACCGAUCUAUGCCCUGCAUCACUUUGUGUUUGACCACCGAAACAUACCAGAGAGAAGGAGAGAGAGAGGCAGAAACAAACAAAAGAAAACUUAAAAGAAACCCGUUUUAACAAAAGAUUUGGAUAUUGCAGACAUCAUAUCAUAGUGGUGUAGCAUCAAUCACCUACCUUACCAAUAACGCAAUUACACCAACAACAACAACAAUCGAAAACCUUCGAAAACAACGAAAAACUCCAAAAUUAACGAAAUACACACACGCACGCACGCAAACGCGCAUCAAAUAAAUGAGAUUGUUGUUGACUGACCACAUGCUGUGAUUUUUUUCUCCAAAUCCAAAAACAAUUUUGAAAUGUGAAAAUUGAUUUCAAAACCACAACAUUCCAGUUAACAGUUCUUGGGAAAGACAACAGAAAAUAAAAGCUGGACAAACUUGAAAGGGGAAAAGAUAAUAAAUUUAAAUCCAUUAAAAAGAACAAGGCCAUGAGGAAUGGCAAAUAGCGAGCAAAAUCUUUUAGUACCCGGCCGAAUAAUUUUGUUAUAAGCAACAGUGUGGAGAAACUACUCCAUCCCUUUGCCAACAAAGCUUUUAGGCUGGUCCUAAUAACUAGUCCCCCUCCCCUAUCUUUCUCCAGACACAGUCUUUGUCUUGCAUGGAUGAGCUACUCGGCAUUUCCCCAAUGAAACAAAACAUUGAGCAAACAUAAUUCCACUUAGAAGUAAAGAAAAAAAAAUUAAUUUUAAGCACGUUUUGGAUGAUUUCUAAACCAAGGCAAAAACAACAACAAAAUGUACACCACAAACAUAUCCCCACUGCCAAUGUCGCCCACAAGUCAAAGCAAACGCCAAAGUUGCUUUAGAAAAGCACCAACAAUAACUUUGACAUUUUGGCUGCUUGUGGCUGUCUUAUACCCGCCUCAUGCCUUGGCAGGUGUUAUCAAAAAAAGAGAAAUUCCCUUUACAAUAGACUUGAAGCCUACGGAAAUACUUGAUGUGACAGCGACAACAACAAGUCCCCUUUCUACAUUACCCAAUAGCGACCCUGACCAUGAAACGAGAGGGAAUUUAGACAAACUAACGGCAACAGUGGUGAAUUUUGCCAAUUCACCACAACUCGCCAUUGAUUUAAAUGCUAAAACAGAACCAGCAAGUGCAACAACGGAAACCUCAAGGGAAUUUCAAUUUAAUGAAAUAGCUUUAAAUGAUACCAAGAAAGUUAUAAAAAGCUUGUCAGAGGAUGAAAACAUAGGUGAAAAAGUCAAAGCAAUUGCUGGCCAUUUAGCAACAGCUGUUUUAAGCCAGGGUAAUGAAGAUUCCCAUAAUGAUGAAAAGCAUGUUGCCAACUUGAACAAUCAACAAAUGGCCAAUAAAGGCCAUGUAUUGGAAAAUCUCUUAAACCAGCCAAAGGAAUCCACGUCUUCUUUGGGAAUAGGUCAAUUAGGUGAAGCCGUUAAAGAGUCCACCAAUGAGAACUUGGAAAAAGCCACAGAAAUUGUUAAGGAAUUCACCAAUGGUUUAUCCUUCAGUCCAAUUCACACUUCAAAUGAAGAAAAGGAAAAAACAAAUAUCCAUGAAGUCAAAAAUGACUUUUCUCUAGUCACAAAUACUACCCUGCCUCUUAAUCCCUCAAAUAUUCAAGAUGAUAAGGAAAAUCUUUUGGAAAAUAAAGAACAUUCACUGGAGACAACUGCUGUAAAGGUGAAUAAUUCUGAACAUUUCCUCAGCGGUCUAUUGUCUCGAGGUGGUGGUGGUCUUUUGGAAAGUGAAAAUGAAACCCACAAUGACACUUUGGCAGAAAGUUUGGCCAAAUCUUUUUUAAACCCGCUAUUGGGAAAAGAUAAACUUGCUUUGGGCAAAAAAAACUCCCCAAAUGAAAAAGAGGUUCAGGAAAACGGGGAAAGUUUAACCACUCAAACUGAGGUGAUAGGCAAAAAUUUCCUAAAUGGAGUAAAAUUAGCCUCAAUGAAGUUAGAAAAAGAUAAUGGUGAAAAUCUUUAUGGUUUUGGUUUAAAAAAUAUGGAGGAGACAAGUUCACCCCAGGCUGAAUUGGGGAAGAUAUCUGCGGUAACAGAAAACUCCUCAAACGAUCAAGAAAAUACCCUGGGGUUGGAAAAUAAUGGUGAACCAAAAGUAAAUGAGGAAAAAUCUCCCAGAAAUUUGGAAAUUGAAACCGAUAAUUCUAUGGCAAAUAAUUUAGCUCAAGAAAAAUCCCAUCAUGAGCAUAAUGGCAUUGGAAAUAUUCUACUUGAUGUAUCCUCUAAAGAAAAUAUUGUCCAUAAAUUGUUAAAUGAGGAAACCAAACCCCAAGAACAUGAUACUCCAAACAAUGGCACCAUCGAAACAAAUGAAAAUAUUUCUAAAAUACCCAUUAUAAGUGUCAAAGAGGCAGCUGAGAAAGCCAAAACAGCCUUAGAAAAUCUCCAAGGAACAGCUGUUCAAAAUAAUUCAACAGCUGAUCAAGAAGUCAAAACAACCACAAUAAGCCUCAAAGAUCACAGUUUGGAAACAAAUCACAUUAGUGAUAAUGGCAUAAAAUCUACUACUGAAGUCAUUAAAGCACAAUUAGAGGGGGUAUUUUCCAGAAAUUCUGGCAACACCGAAGAAGCCAUCCAAUCUCCAGUAACGGCUAUUAAAAUACAAAAUGGUUUGGAUCGAGAUUCUUGGCAAGAUGUAAGCAAUGAUUUACCCCAAAAUAAUACUGAGGGUAGGGAAAAUCCUAUGGAUAGCUCUAAAACUGAGUUGGGACGUUCUAUGUUUAAGAAUGGUGAGGAUGAUGAACAAGAAGUUACUACGUUGCCCUCCAAUAACCACAUUGCCAAUAACAUUGAUUUUGAGGAUGAAGUAGAGGAAGGAGAGAAAAAAAUAUCCCCUAGCAUCGCUGAGGGUGGUGAAGGCAAGGUUAAGAAACCCAAAUUUAUCAAUGACAAUUCCACCAAUGCCCAACAAAUGAAUUUGCCCACUAAUGCUGAGGUAUGGUCUUUGGCAGGCCUUAAACCUACGGUCAUGCAUACCAAUGCUACCAUGGCAACAGCGCCGAAGCAUAAGCAGGAACAGGCUGCUAGCGACUUCUCUGGGGCUGUCAACAAAUCUCUGUCAGUUCUUAAUAACAGCCAAGGUGAGAAAUCCCUUUUGGAUUGGUCUCAUAUCUUGGUAAACCAAGAUAUGAUGGCCACCACAAUGGGCUAUGAGGGGGCAAUGGAGGUGGAGAGUAAAAAAUCUCCAGAAACUAUGGAAUCUUCUUCAAUGGAAAUCAACAAGACUGCUAAAAUCACUGCAAAUUUGCCCACGACAACAAUCUUAUCAUCAAUGUCCGAUAACGUGGAACGAGAUAAACAUGACUUCACAAUGACAACGACUACAGCUGCUAGUGCUGUUGCCGUUGCCGCUGCUGCUGCUGUUGAUAUGGCGGGGGAGACCUCAACCGAAUUAAAUGAGAAUAACAAUAUGGCAGGCCUUUCCUCUUUGACUACGACGUCUUCAGCGGAAAUUGUGGCAAGCCCCAAAAGUGUUAUAACACAUGAAGACCAACAACAACAACAGCAAACACUACAACGACCUGAUUUAAAUGAAAUAAACUUGACUUUAAAUAAAACAAGAGCAGAGAGCGAGAAUAACAUGCCAGAGCCUAAAAAAGACAGCAACGACAGCAGUCAUGUUAAUCACAACAACCCCUCUGUAAUGGUAGCAGAGACUGAGUCUCAAACAGAGAGAGUAACAGCUGUUAAUGAUGAUGAGUCGAGUACUGCUGCCGCCAACGCCGCCAAAACAACAACAGAGCCAUUUAGCUUUAGCAGUACUCCUGAAACGGGCAAAGUGAACGUUACGUCGGUAACAGAAACGGCAGCGGCCGAUAAUAUUGAAACGAAAACGACAAAUGCGGCAACAAUUUUGGAAAAUUCACACAAAUAUCAAGAAAACAGCGUGAAUGACAAUGAAAAAAGUUUAAAACAAAAAGAAAAAUUACAAAUUUUUGAUAUAACCACUUACAAACCAAGUUUUAAAGGAAUUACUUCCACCAGUAGUAGCAGCAGCAGCAGUACUACACUGCCCCCCUCGUUUACAUUGGAAACAGAAACUAACAAAUUUUCUAGGGCGGAAGUUGUUGACCAAAAUGGCAACAAUGAAAUUGAGCAAAAACAAUCGAUAAAUAUUGAAACUACAACAAUAGCAACAUUGCUCGAACACACUACAACAAAAGCGGAGGUCGAGAACGAGGCAAAGUCAUCGGCAGCGGCGGCGGCGGCUAGUAGCUUAAAUAAUUUUUCAAGUACAAUUAAAACGCAUUUGAAUGAACAACAAGUGUUGCUUGAAACAAGUACAGAAUUCACAACAACAACUACUACAACAACAGCAACCCCUCGAGAUAUUCUGCUGGCUACAACGAUAACAACAAAUGGAACAUCUGAAGAAAAGACUACGUCAUCCUAUACAGACGAGAUAAUAAACCACAACAACAGCAACAACGAAGGCAAAGAAGAAAGUCAAUUAGAAACCAUUACAACAGAGGCCACCACAAGCACAACGACAACCCCUAAGAGCCAAGACUUUGCAACUGAGGAGGGAAAAGCGGCAAGAGAAGAAACAGAAAGCCAACAAAAUUCAACAGCGUCGGCUGUAAUAACUGGGCCAUUGACGUCGUCCAAUACAACAACAAAGCCACUAGAGAAUACCUCAGAUAAGGAGGAGCACCAGGAAGUCGAGACAACAACAGCAGUAGCAGCAGCAGCAGCAGUGAAUGCUCAACAAGAAACACCUGUUGUUGACAACAACAAACAAACAAACACCCACACAGACACAAACGAAAGCUUGCUGCCUGAAACAACAACAACAAAGUCUGAAGAGGACAUCACCACUACCACAAUAGCCAUUGAGACAACCACUGAAGGUGUGGGCACCUAUUUCAAAUUCCCCAUUAGGGGAGAUCAAAACAAAAAGGAGACCACAACACAACAAGAAUUAUCAACGUCUACCACUACAACAACACAGGCAAAUCUCAUCAUCGGUACAAAAGAGGAUGACAAAGAGAUUGAAACGUCAACAGAAAUCAUGAAUUCAACGAGCAGUAAUAACUUAGCAGCUACGCAAGAAACAUUUACAAGUACAACGGCCAUAGAGGAGACUUAUAUCAGUUUAUUGGAUGAUUCAACGACAAGUACUACAACAACAACAACAAAUGCACCUAUAACCAGCACCACCACAACCACAGCGAUAGUAGCGGAAAAUCCCUACACUACCACAACAACAACAACAACAAAAGAAGGUAUUGAUAUAAGCAGUAAAAUAGAAGAAAUCUAUAAAGUGAUAACCACUAGCAGUAGUACCGAAGCAAUACCCAUCACCACUCAACAGACAAUAAGCGAAGAAGAAGAAGAGGCUGUUCUAACAAGCACCACCACAACAGCAAGGAUAUUGCUAACAGACUCUACGACAACAACAAUGUUACCACCCAUUACCACACCCGGCCCCACAAUACAUACAGCCGAUAUUGGGGGCAAAUCCUUGCCACCUCUCGACACUAUUUUAGGCACUAACAGUGGCAACUCUAUGUAUCCGAAAAAUUCCGAUAAUUCUGGGGAAACCGAUGUCAAUGUUAUCAUAGCCAUUACAGUGAGUGUUAUUGGGGUAGUGGCUCUCAUUCUGCUGGUGGCCUUCCUCUAUUUGAUGCGAAAACGCCAAAAACAAACCUCAUACGGGGGACGCUGUCGUCCCGUCAGCUUGGAUGAGUAUACCAUAGAUAAUGGCUCGAUUGGUGCCAGCAUGCGCAAGGGCAGUGUUUUGCGUUCGUCCAAGCGUACCUAUGGCAAUUUGGCCUUUGAUGACCCCUCGAUAAGACACAAUGCCAUGGGAUUGCAUGAGCUGAGUAAAUUUGCCAGCGAGAAAUUGCGCAUAUUCGAAGAAUUCCGUGAUGUGCCGCAAAUAACGGCGCGUGAGGAUGAGGUACCACAGGGAUGUGAAGAUAAAAACAGAUAUGCCAAUGUCCUACCGCUUCCUGAAACUCGUGUUGUGCUACAGCGACUCAACGAUGAUGAGAAAACGGAAUACAUCAAUGCUAAUUAUGUCACUGGUCCCAAAGAUGCUCCAAACUAUUACAUAGCCUGCCAAGCACCAAUGGAUGCAACUGUUGAGGAUUUCUGGCGCAUGAUUUGGGAACAACAAUCUCGUGUUAUUAUCCAAGCUACUGAUCUCAUCGAGAAUGGCGUCGAGAAAUGUGCUGAGUAUUUGCCACCUUCGGUGACCUUGGACAAUCAUUCAACAUUUGGUGAUUUCCAAGUGACUUUGCAAAAUCGUGAAGUCAAAGAUAAAUAUGCCAUUUCGACUAUUCUAUUGAAAAAUACCGGCGAAAAUAAUGCCACCCGAGAAUUGACUCAUUACUGGUAUAAAUGGCCGGAAACGGGUGUACCCUUGGAGGAGGCACCCAUUAUUGCCAUGCUAUUGGAGGCACGUUCUUCUCUCAUUAGUUAUGCCAUUGAACAGGCUAAUGAAGAUAAAGAAAAUAAGAGUUCAAGUGCAACGCUGAAAUCAGCGGAAGAAGGCACAGCAUCAGCAGUGGUAAAUGGCGGCGGUGGAGCAACAGGAAAGGAAGGCGGUGAUGGUAGUAGUAAUGGUGGUAAUAAUGGUGAAAUAAAUGGCAAUAUAUCGAUGGUGCCUAUUAAAAAGACUGCUAGAAAUCAAGGUCCCUUAACUGUCCACUGCUCUCCAGGUACUGGUCGAACGGGUACAAUUAUUGCCUGUGACAUUGCCAUACGGAGUUUGGAAACGCCAAAACGUACCGUAGACAUACCGCACAUAGUCUACUAUGUGAGACGUGGUCGAGCCAGUGCUGUCCUAACCAAGGAACAAUAUGAAUUUAUCUAUAAAGUGGCUAAUAUGUAUGGAGCCAAAAUAUCGAAUCCUAGCAGUUACAAUUGAAAGAUAAAUAAAGGCAUCGAAUAGAAAGAAAUGCAUUCAAA